AUGACAAGCGUGCGUCACAGACAAGCAUGCAUAAUACCAAACCACGAAGUGGACCUCAAAUGGACGCCACACAAGGGUUUUGUCUCUGGUUCAUGUCCCAAGAGCUGCUCGAGGGCGUACCAGGAAAUAGCUCAGAGUCACUGUGGUCAUGCGGUCGGUGAGAGCAACGCGAUGGCUAAAAACGGGACUUGGGACAUUGGUUGUGGGCAGUAUUCGUGGUCCAUUACCCAAACGGACCAUUCCUCGUCGACUAUCUCGUAUGAGCCAAGUCGACCUAUUCGUACUGAAAAUUCGUCCUCCAGAAUUGCAACGGAGACGGUAAUGUGGUACAGUAGCUUGCCGGCCUGA